ACCUGCCUGCCGAUACCCCCAGUCACCAGUGACUUGCAGCUUGCGUGGGCUUUUAUUUUUGUUCCAGUGAUUCAACUGGAUUUAACUUCCAGCGAGUGAAAGAAAUGGCGGUUUUUUAGACGGCCUGGCCGCUGACUCUCAGCGGCAUGCACGUGACUUAUCAAGCAGAUAUGCAUAAAAUGUGUAAAAUGUGCACAUGUCCGGCGUUUCCAUGACAACGGUAUCAUCGAGCGUCAUGCAAGCUAGUUUGAAUCUCCUCUCCUGUUUGUGAAGACAUUCUGGAAAUAAUUGAGACCCAUUACCAUUUUUUAAUUUUAAUUAUAUUUAAAAAUGGUGCGAGAAAUUACAGAAAUUUUAAAGCAGUUGGGGUGGACAGAUGGCUUUCGAAUUCCUGUGUCAAAUGAGGAGAACAGAAAAUUAGAAAAUUUGCUGGAAGCCAAAGUGAAAGAGAAAGCUCAACUUGUAGCAGAUAUAGAGGAGAUGGACGAACGUUUGGAUGCAUUGAAUCGUCAUUUGUCAAAUAUUUCCCAUGAGCAGAAAGAAAAUCAUAAAUUACUUACUGCCACACGUCAACAAGUGGACACUUCACAACAUAUGACGACUGUAACGCGUAAUGAACAUGAAGGUUUGCAAAGAGAUUUGCGCAAUAUGAAAACCACCUUAAAGGAAAAGACCAAAAAAAUCAGUUCAAUGGAGGCUGAAACUAAAGUAGUUCAGAACAAAGUAACAAAGCUCAAACAAUUAAUGCAUUGGGAUGGUGAGGAAUUGCUAGCAUGGGAAGACCUCCAUAACAGGAAAGAAGAAGAUAUUUAUCUUCUACAGCAGUUUAUCAAUGAGGAUACAGCUCAGUUUAAGGAUUUGGAGAUGAAAAGAGUUGCCCUUCAAACAGAAGUUGACAAGCAAAAUGCUUUAGCAGAAGAAGCUACAACAGAGGCAGCUAUGUUAGAACAAGUGUUUGAUAGAGUUGCCCAGUUAUAUCGACAAGCUCACUCUGAUCACCAAGCUCUCAUACAUCAAUGGGAACAUUCUGUUCAAGCUAUGCACUUGAAGGACAAGGACAUAAAUGACACACUUAAUGAAAUUCUUGCAGUUCGUUCUCAAGGAAGGGUCAAAAUGGCAGAAUUGCUUGAAGUUAAAGAGCUAGAUGCUAAUCUUAAAAACAAUAAUGCUGAAGCUCAGUCUAAAGCUGAAGAGACUCAUAGGAAAUUAAAUAUUUUGAGGAAUGAAGAUCAAACUGUACAGAAGGAUGUUCAUGAGCUUGAGAAUGAGCUUAAUGUAUUGAAGCGCACAUUGUCUGGACUCGAAAUACAAUUAAGUCAACAAAGAAGCCAUAAUACACAGACAAAGCGAGAGGUGAAUGAACGCAAGGGCAAGAUUGAAGCCCUGGAAUUACAUUUCGACAAUCUUAUUAAAAAGCAAGAAGAAGUUAGCAAAAAUUUGUGGGAUGCUGGGGAAAGAUACAAGCACAUGGAGAAACUAGUGCAGGAUGAAGAACAUUUACAAGAAUGUUUUCUUAGAGAUAUCAACAAGCUUCAAAGUAUUUACUUUCGCACUACUCAAGAGCUCCAAUCUAUUCGUGAGAAGGAGCGUUUGCAAUCUGCUGAGCUCCAAACACUUCAAAAGAAUAAGAAAGGCAUUAUGGCUCAUAUAGAAACAGUGGAAAAAGAGAUUAUUAAGAUAAAAAAUGCUACUUAUGAAAUGGAGUUUUCAGAGCAGAAAAUGAGAUCUCGAAUAUCACAUGCUCUGGGAGAAACAAGAUCUGCAGAGCAGGAUGAAAUGCUGAGAAAAAUAGAACAAUUGGAGUGUGUCUUACGAGAGAAGCAAUCUGUCAUGUCUUUGCUUACAUCACAAGUGAACAGGCUAGAGAAUGAUUGUCGUCAAAUGUCAAAUGUGAUAGGAGCCACUGCUAGAGAAGUGGAGCAGUUACAAUGGAAAAGACAAGAUGGGCUCUUACUGGUGGAAGGGGGCAAAAAGCAGCUGAAGGCAGCUAAAGCAGCCCACCACGAAACCCUGGUAGAGCAUGCUUUGCUUCGUGUUAAGGUCAACCAGGUGGAACGAGCACUCCAUCGAGAAGGGACUUACGUACACUCAUUGUCAAAACAAAGACUGGAAUGGGAAAAUGCAAUGAAAGAGCGUAAGCUUGAAAUAGACUUACAUAAAGAAAUGAUGGCAUCAAAACGAAAAACGUUAAACGAAGAAAAGUCACAACUCCAAACAGCUCUUAAUCAGUUGAACACGAGAAGAAGCCAACUUCAAAAUCGCCAUGAUAUAAUUACCAGUGUUAUUGGAAAAGAUGAGUAUGGGGAUUUCAUAUCUCCUGCAAUGCUAAAACUCAAGAUUGCUCAAGAAAAAAUAAUGCUUCAAGAUGAAGGUGACAUCCUAGAUGCCAAAAUUAAAAAGGCGGAAAAGGAAAUAGAAGCUAUGGAAAAUACUUUAAAAGUUGUGAAUACAUCCAAUGACACCUAUCGUAAAAACCUGACUAUGAUCGAUAAAGAGGGGCCCGAGGGUGAGGAAUUAAGAACAUUGGAACAAGAGUAUUAUCAAGCAAUGGUGAGCCUCAGAGCUCAAAGAGAACAGAGAGCACAGAUGGAGUCAGAAAUACAGGAAAUAUUACGGAAGCUUUCGUCUACACAAGAAAAAGUAGAGACUAAUAAUGCAACUGCCAGAGAAUUGGAGAAUGAUGCUUCUGUUCUUGUGAAAGAUCUCCAGGAUCAAGAAAUAAAACUGCACCGGGCAGACGGUCAAUUAAAGAGACUUGUGCGUGAGUUGCGCAGUAAAAGUGACUCAACUAUGUUUGGCAUGGAGGAGAAAGAUAUUGCUCUGAGGGAGCUGAUAGACAGAAAUCAAGCUGCUCUGGAACUGCUUGCUGAGAUGUCAAUCAGGCAUAUGGAGGCAGCUCCUAUUAUCAGCCAGCACCUUAGGGAGAAAGGAUUGAGUUUGCCUCAGCCUGGGCAACAUCUGAAAGGCGUUGCUUCCAUGUCUACCUUGAGUGGUGCCAGCAGUGCCCGCAGUGGUCGGAGUAGUAGCACUUCUGUUAGCAGUUGCACUUACGCUCGACGACGAAUAUUUGAUCCUCACAACCAGCCACUUGGUUCAUAUCAUGGAACUCUUCAGACUCCAGCUCAGCUAGACUUCCCUCUUAAAGAAGAUACAUGCUGUGCCCCUCACUCUUCAUUUACUCUGGGUAGCAUGUCUGAAACACGUUCUCAAAGUGAUGCUGGAGGCUCUGUGGCAGGACCCAUACCUUGUUUUGAAGGAACAAGAACGUUUCGCUCAAGAGAGGUCUCUGCUGAUGAUGGAAGUCAGAACAUGGGGAGUCUGGUUGAAGUCCAUCCUGCAUUUUCAGGUCCUGCCUUGACUGCUUCUACAGAGGCUUCCCAAACUUCCAUCAAAGUAAAAACUGGUUCACCAGUUGGUUCACAAGUGUCUGGAUCCCGCCAGGCCAGACUUUCUCAAGAAUCAAGCAAGAAAGACAAGCCAAAGUCACCUGAGAAUGAUUUGCAGAGCACCAUCAUUGUUGGGUCUUUACAGCUGAGUGCUAGUGGCAAACCUAAAUCUCAAGAUGGACAGAGCCUUGCAGGCAGUCGAAGUAGCAGUCGAGCCAGCACUCAGAGUGGGGGAAAAACUAGCAGAGGAAGCCAUUCUAGUGGUGUGAGCAAAACACAUAAGAGCAGCUCAGGAAGUCAACAAGAAUCCACUGGCAAAGAACAGAAGCAUGAAAGAGGUAGUACUUCAGGUUCGAGCCGUAAAUAAGAAAAAUGUGACUGUUUGAUUGAUUGUGAUUGAUCGUUUAAAACCGUUGUGUAACAUAGUAAGAAGGGGCUGUGGGUUAGGGCCGAGGCAACAACCAAAAAACAAUAUGCACUUCUUAUUAUUGCUUUAUUUUGUGGUUUUUCUGAAAGUAUGUCAAGAAAUCACAACUUCAUAGUGAUCAUACUCGCAGGCAAUGAAAACACAAGCGUGCACGCACAUGUAUCAGCAGCCAAUCCAUGGUAAUCAUUAAUAAUCUAGUCAUGGUAGAACAUGUGGUAAUGCUGAAGAAGCUGCUAACAGCUUGAUGCUAAUUAGAAUGCUCACACACUUAACACAAUGCAACUUCUAUGCUGAACCCUAGAUCAGGCAUUGUGAUGACAGUCACUCACAAAACAUCAUCUAGCUGUUUGGAUGGGGUCAAUGUGAUUUUCAUUUGCAUGAUGCAUCAUGCGGUGGUGUACGUUUAAAUCUUAAGAGCACAGGAGCAAGCUCUUCAUUAACUACAGAACCAGCACAAGAUACUGUUGCAAGGACCAGCUAAAGAUGAGAUCAAAGGUCCAAAUAUGAGAUAAAGCAGAGAAAAUUACUCAGGUGUCCAUUUGGCUAAAGGCAAACAAAACAUCGGAUAAUAAAUCUUCUCAAAUUUUAUUUAUAUGACAAUACCAAUAAGGUAACAAACUAAGUUAAGUAUAUGCACAUAGCAAAAAUCUCUAAACUUGCCAAAAAACAAAAGAUAAAUGUGCUGGGGUAGUUGUGUGAAACGUUAACAAAUAACAUAAAGACUGUGAAACAAAUCUACAUUUAUGAUAAACCAAUAUCCCCCAAGACUAAGACUAAAUAUCAAAUUAAAUAAUGAGUGUGUCAAACAGCUAACACAAAUUUUUACAU